UCAAAAUCAAGACCUUUAAUUUAGGCUGUUAACAAAUCAGCUGUCACUUGGUAAUUAUACCCUCAAACUGCGAUAAUGCUACAAAAAAUAGAAUCCAUUAAACCUUACAAACCAAAAACACAACAAAAAUCAUGAAUAAUCAAAUCCCAAUAUCUCUUCUCUUCAAUUUCUACAGAGAAAAAUCAUCUCUUUCUCUAUUAAUUUCCCAACUCUUCCCCUCUGAUGGCCAUCGUUCUUUUCUCCUUCGUCGCCGUCCUCGUAGCUCCGUUACUCCAUCUGUCGAUGGUGGGAUGUGAAACGGACGUCGUCCUUCAAAAAAUAUGCGGACACAACCAAGCGCGAGACGGAUUGAGAUACAUGGCGAAUUAUUUCAACGUUACGAAAACGAUGCAUGGAGAGAUGCGAAAGAAGAGGUUUGCGUUGAGGAAAGGGGGCGAGGACCCUGACCAAAUUUACGUGUUGUCUCAAUGCAUGAACGACCUUUCUGGCGAUGCUUGUGAUGCCUGUUUUUCUCGAGGUAGCUCAAUGCUGGGCAAUUGCUUGGCGUUCACCUCCGGUCGAAUUUUUCUCGGCGAAUGCUUCAUGAGGUUCGACAAUUAUAACUUCUUUCGCGAAACCACUUCAACAUCUAUCGAUGAACGUCAGAGAUGCAGCAACAACACUGCCCGUGCACCCAAGCAAUACACGGAAUCAGCAACAGUUUUAAUCAACGAAUUGGCGCAGAGGGCGCCCAGAAACAGAGGAUACGCCAGAGGGAAAAAGAAAACUUUCAAAGACGAUGAUUCACCGGUCCAUGGCGUGGCUAGUUGUUUGAAGACAAUGGACACCCGCAGCUGUGCUACGUGCUUGGCCAACGCUAGCGCGGCUGUCGCCCGGUGCCUGCCGUCGGAGGAGGGGAUAGCUUACAAUGCCGGUUGCGUUGUUCGUUACUUCCACCCGCCGUCUGCCAACAAGAAUAAUUUCGUUAUGUACGCCAAGUACGCGCUUGGAGCUGCGGCCUUUUCGUUGAUCGUGUUUUUGAUAGGGAUUGUUGUUGGUAACCUCAUUUACAAGAAAAUAAAAAAUCACCAGCUUGAAACUCAAGGUUUGGAGAUAAAUUCACUAAUAACAAUAAGCAUGAGAUUCAAAUACUCAACACUACAAAAAGCAACCGAUGACUUUAGCGUAUCCCACAAGAUUGGACAAGGAGGUUAUGGUGAAGUAUUCAAGGGAGCACUGCAAGAUGGGAGAGAAAUCGCGAUAAAGCGGCUAUUCAUAAGUGGCAGGAGUCAAACCAAUACAGUUUGCAACGAAAUGGACAUAAUUUGUUUGGCUCAACACGAGAACUUGGUGCGAUUCCUCGGUUCUUGCUUCGAGAAUGACAGCCUCCUUGUGUACGAAUUCGUCGCGAAGGGAAGCCUUGACCGCACCCUAUUCGAUCCGGAGAAGAAGAAAGGACUGGACUGGAAGAAAAGGCUGGGAAUAAUCGAAGGAACAGCCAAAGGGUUAGAGUACCUUCACAAACAAUGUCAAGCACGGAUUAUUCACAGAGACAUCAAAGCGAGUAACAUCUUACUAGACUGGAAAUAUAGACCGAAAAUCUCGGAUUUCGGUCUAGCAAGAUUCUAUUCAAACGACCAAAUUGGUUCCAACAUCGCCAUUGCAGGGACACUAGGUUACAUGGCUCCUGAAUACCUUGCUCAGGGUCGCUUGACGGAAAAAGUAGAUGUCUACAGUUACGGAGUACUUGUUCUCGAAAUAAUCAGCGGUGUUGAGAACAACAAUUACCAUUCUGAGGACAUUCUUAGCACUCUAGUUACAACUACAUGGAAACACUUCCAGGCAAAGACAGCAGGAGAGAUCAUAGACACAAGCAUUGCAAUUGAAGAUGCGAAAGGAGUUGAAAGAAUUAUCCAGAUUGGUUUGUUGUGCACCCAAGAGUCCCCGUCGUUGCGCCCGGACAUGGGAGACGUGGUUCAAUGGCUUGAACGCAAGAAUCUGGAGUUGCCUAAUCCUUCAAAGCCUCCUUUUGCAGAUGAGUGUCUAACAAUAUUGUCAGAUUCGCCAUUAGUUUCUCUUAGCUUUAGGCCUCACCAACACUCCAUUUCAAUUGAUUCAUGUAAAUAUUACGAUGUUGAUAAUAAUAAUAAUAAUGAAAGAUGAA